AUGGAGGCCUCGCCCCUCACCCAGCAGAGUCGACCGGAGACCUUCCAACCUAAGGUUGUCCAGCUUUAUGAGACCCUUUUCAAACCAUCCGAUGAGGUCGAAGAGCCCUCAGAGGGCUUUUGGAGAGAGUUCUUUCUUCUGCCACCCGAUCCCGUCCAAUUGCAUGCUCUACUGGAUGGGUUGAGCCCCGAUGAGACCUUGGGCUUGCAGACCCAAACUCGACAUAUAUUCUUGCGGGCUAUCCGCGGGGCGGCUUCUAACACUGCUCCCAGUGAUGCCUAUGCAUUGGAUACCUUGACCAUUUUCUUGACAAGUAUAUUGAGCAAAAAAUACACAAACCCCAGCUCGGAUGUAAUUACUGUUCUGGCUGGACUUGAUGAGAUCGAUCAUAUCAUUUCGGAGUUUGUCACUGUUCUGGACACCAUCAUUCGCAAUGGCUCAAGCUUUGAGGUGCGGCGGAAGGCCGUUCGAGUGGCCAUUGCCAUGACCAGUGGCGCCUAUAGGACGAGCCUCGUCUCCUAUUUCGCUCAUAGGGACCUCUUCCCAUCCAUGAUGAAGUAUGUGCACGACUCUGAAACACCCAUACAAGUGUUCGACCCAUUCCUUCUGUUGGGGCUUCUGGCAAACUAUAACAAGUUCGAAUUUCAAAACCCCUACCAGCUGCGCUUGGACGAUUUCGUGAAUGAAGCGAGCAUUCAAAAGGUCGCCAAAGGUGUUGGUUUGGCCUGUGGUGGCCUUCGAAAUGGCUACAUCGCUGUGCAAGAUGACAUUCCCGAAGGCUGGUCCUUGACAAAUACUCUGAUUUUCUUUGGACUGCGGGCUUUGACCCCCGGUACACACAACAAGGCGAACCCUCCAACCGCCGAAGAGGCGAAGGGAAUGUUUGCUGAGCUUCCUGCUCAAGAAGCCGCCAUCCUGCUGGCCACAUACGACUUCACCAACUCGAACAAGCUUUUCGGCUACCACAUGGUCCACAUGAAGCCGGAGAAAACCACCGAUGAAUCGCCCUUCUCCAGCUUCCUCUCGCUGUCAUCUUAUCUCCUCCAGCAUGCAUACCGAUCCACGAGAGUCUCACACUACGCGGAGCUGAGCCUCUUCACGCUCCGCAUUCUGGUCGAAGACCCGACUCUAUGCAAACACAUCUGCACCGACGACGGAAAGCGAAAGGUUCGAAUCUGCAGGCAGAGACAACCUUUCCUCCCCCUUGUCGGCGGCGACCGUGUCCUCGCCACGGUCAUCUUCGACAUCAUGAUCGACACGAUUACGCACAAUCUCCGCCGCCGACUAGACGUUAACUUAUACUGCCAAGCAAUCGCCAUAACCCUCCGUCUCCUCUCCUACCUCUCAACCAACAAGAUCCGCCUAAAUUACCACUGGUCCGAGCUAUGGCGCACCCUCCUCUCCCUAAUGCGCUUCCUAACAACCUACGCCAACGACCUAACCACCAACUCAAAAAUCCACUCCCUAACUAGCUCCCUCGCAGAGCUAAUGGCAUUCUGCGUCUCAGGAGGCGACACAUUCCUCCCAGACCCAUCCUCCUACGACGACCUAUUCUACAAGCUCGUUGAGACCGGGCCCGUCAUUUCCAAAUUCCGCGACCUGUAUUAUCCCUCAAGCACAUCCAAGUCUUCUACAACUGGCCCCAUCACCCAAACCCAGGAUAACAUCCACGUUGCAGCAGUUAACACUCUGCUAUCCGUCUCAACGCACUUCUACACCCUCCUCUUCCACUCCGAUGGCACCGAGCAAACGACAGCAGCAGCGGCCGUGGCCCCGAGCCCGAAGCCAGACGGUGAGCCAGUCCCCGUCGCCUUGCCGUCUAUUAAGAAGAAGAAUCUCUCUCCGCGCGAGAUCCAUCGGAUUAUUAAGCAGGGGUAUGAUACGCUUAGUAUCCAGCCGCCGGAGGGAUUGAAUGCGUGGACUAGGUGGAGGGAGACGGACUGGAAAGGCGAGUUGAAGAGGGCGGCGCGGUGUGCUGUUGAUGAUGCGCGGCAUUUGGUUUCUUGA